GUACUCGUACUAGUUUUAUAGUAUAUAAAUUUAAAAUAAGAAAAUAAUACGUGGCGCCUGUUUCAUGCAAAUACUACAAACCGGUUGGGCAAAAAAAAAUACUGCAAACCGAGCAGGAUAAGCAUAUAACGGUUUAUUCCAAGGAAAGGAUCUUCGACGCCGUCAUUCACGUACUAUAAAUAAGUAACAUGAGAAGAUGUUUAUUGCCGGUCUUUUAAGUUGGAUCUCUUAGCAUAAUAAGAUACAGUCUCUUAUUUAAGAAAUGUUUCUUAGUUUUUUUAGUUAAAAUCUAAGAGAUCGUAUCUUAUAUUACGCUAAGAGACCCAACUUAAAACUUACGAUAAUUAUGCUCUUAGGCACGCUCUUCUUAUGUGUAUAUUCAUGUGAAUAAGAAUAUUUAAUAAAGAGUUCUUAAUUUAUUAAAUUAAAAAAUAUAUUGUUUACAAUAUUGCCAUGGAAGUUUGGACCAGAUUUCUAUAAGAUUUCAAGGCGCUUUUUACCGGUUGUGGAGCUAAAGUCUAAAUCACAUUAUUAUUGUAGUGUACUGUAAUUUUUCUUUUUCUCUAAAGAAAGACUAAAACAAAGACAUUUUAAAGAUAACAAGUCAAAUAAAAAUAGAUUUUAUACUUGCUGUACAGCUUAGCUAGGUCUUUUGGAUUUAUUAUAUCUGUUUCUUAUUUUUUCACGAGGUUUUUUCUUUUAACUUUGCAUGAUCUCACAAAUUUUACCAUUCAUAUAUCCCAAAAAGAAGAAAAAAGUUACCAUGCACUCACCCAAGUGUGCAAGAAAAAGAAAACGUUUUAAAGUCACACAAUGUGUUAGUGUGUUACCUUCAUUGAUAAUUUGCUUGUUUGCCUUAACUAGUCCAGCAUGUUUAAUAAUAUAAGUAACUAUAACGUUCACGCAAAUAUAUUAAAAAGGAAAAAGAAAACACAGUCCAUUCAUCUGUUAGUCCAAAGGUUAAUCUUUUCACACCAUCACAGGUCACAAGUAACCUCUCAAGUCAUAAAAGCAUUUUAAAGACAAAGAUAAUUGCCGCUUAAGUGCUAUAGCUUUCUGUUCGACCAAAAAAAAAAGUGCUAUAGCUUUCUAUUCCAUUACUUCUCCCUUUAUUUAACACCUUCACCUCCUCUCUUUCUUAAUUCUAUCCCUCUCUCCCUCAUAAAAUGUCUACAAUAUCUGAAACUUCUCCAAAACAUUGCGCCAAGAAAGGAGGGAUUAACAUCAACAACCGUCGCAAGAAACUAUUCUUCACGUUCUCUACUUUCUUCAGUGGCCUUCUCCUCAUCAUCUUCCUCAUUUGGCUCAUCCUCCAUCCCGCGAAACCCGAGUUCUCCCUCACGGAAGCCGAUAUCUACACCCUCAAUGUCUCCUCCUCCACCACUCAUCCCCUCAACUCCUCAAUCCAGCUCACUAUCUUCUCCAAAAACCCUAACAAAAAAGUAGGAAUAUACUACGACAAGCUACUCGUAUACGCAGCAUAUAGAGGACAACAAAUAACAUCAGAGGCUUCUCUACCGCCUUUCUAUCAAUCUCACGAGGAAAUCAAUCUUUUAACAGCGUUUCUCCAAGGGACUGAGCUUCCGGUUGCUCAGUCCUUUGGUUAUCAAAUGGUUCGUGAUCGGUCAGCCGGUAGAGUAAUCAUCGGUAUGAAGAUGGACGGGAAGCUAAGGUGGAAGAUUGGGACAUUUGUCUCUGGCGCAUACCGGUUUAAUGUGAAUUGUGUUGCACUAGUGGCUUUUGGACCGAACAUGACCACUUCUCCAUUAGGUUCAAUACAGGGGACUCGUUGCUCAACAGAUAUAUGAGACAUAUAUUGAAUAAUCAACCAUAGAUAUAUACUAUAGUUUCUUUCACUGUAUUUUUGUGCUGGUCAUUAGUACUACUUGUAAAGAUAUAUUAAACUGUUUAUCUAUAAUUAUAUAAACUAUACUCUUUUGAUGCA